CGUGGUCAGCGCACGUGUAGGCAGUGUGACGUGUGACGCCUCACAAGCCAGCUGCCCAAUACUUCAAUCAUGCGUUUUGUUUAUUUUGUGUUUACCACGUUUCUAUUCUGUGCGACAUCGCAAGAUUUACAAACAUUUCAAGUUUGCUCAGACGAAGACUUUCACAUCAGCUGCAACUCUCAUAGCAUUUUGGCCGUUCACCAAGCCACCUUUUCUACGAACGUUGAGAAACUGAACGAAACGUGCCUCAGGAAUCAAACCAAUUGCACAGAAGAUAUAUCAUUUUCUGUUGCAUCAAAAUGUUCAGGCUUAUCCAAAUGCAACUUCAACUUGGCCAGAGACCACGAAGACAAGAAAUGUUUAGACUAUGGUCUCCUCGACAUCAAGUAUUCCUGCAUUCCAGAAACCAGUAUCAAUAAAUACUGCAACGUUCACUUGAAGAAUUCUUCGGGAUACAUAACGUCUCCGGGUUAUCCUAUGUUCUAUCCACGAUUUUAUAACUGUAGCUGGAUUAUAGAAGCGGGUGUAGGACAGACAAUUAGCGUGACGCUUCUUGAUAUAUCUCUCAGACUAUCUAAAAAGAACGAGCAUUGCAAUGACGUAACAAUUACUGAGGGGUAUAGGAAGCUUUUAGUAGGAUGUGGCUGGCCAAAAUAUCUUCCACGAACCGUAAUAUCGAAAAAGAAUCAAAUUAAAAUUCGCCUUUCUUCUAAAGAAUUCAUCCCUUCUAAAGGAUUUAUGAUUUAUUAUAAAGUUCGUGGUUGUACGGCUCUUCCUCCUCCCCAUUUAGGAUAUAUGGUUUACAGCAAUGGGACAGCUGCCAUGUAUAUGUGUUGUAAAGAUCAUGUUUUUAACGACAGUAAACAAGACAAUCGUUACCUUUACUGCAUCAAUGAUCAAAGGUGGAACGCAUCCAUGGCGAAUUGCGUUCCAAACGAAGAAGCAUUCGGUAACGAUAAGCUGUUUUCGAAUCAAAGUUCCGUGAAAAAAGAGCUUCAUACAAGAGAUCUUCUGCAAGAGGCCCUUACUCCUGUUNUCUUAUGUAAAAAAUAUAAUAUAAAAAAUGAAAAAAUUUCAUUUGUGAGUGGUUAA